AUGUCUCCAGUGCCUGACAACCUAACCACGGGGUCAAAGUCAUCACUAACAGCACAAUCUCUGCAGCAGCAAUCUACCCAGCAGAUUGAUUACUCGCGAUACGUUCGACGAUUCUCCUCAGCAUUAGAAUGCGGGUCGUCUUAUUGCAAAGAACUUGGUUGUCGGGAGCACUUCCACUGUCUAGAUUGCAGCGGGCGGGUGUUUGUCAAAAAAGAGGAGAUGAUCCGCCACUUCAAAUGGCACAAAAAGCGCGACGAAUCCCUGCAACACGGUUUUAUGCGAUAUUCCCCAACAGACGAUUGUUCCGAACGUCACCCAAUGAGAAGCUGUCCUCACAAUAGGAAGCAAACACAUUACCAUUGCAUCCAUGACAACUGCGACAAGGUCUACAUCUCUACAUCUGACGUCCAGAUGCAUGCUAACUACCACCGCAAGGAUUCUGCAAUCAUCCAGGAAGGAUUCCAGCGGUUUCGCGCAACGGAGACUUGCGCGACUGAUUACUGUCCGUUUGUAGGUCAAAGAACCACUCACUUCCACUGCAGAAGGUCCAACUGCAGGUAUACUUUCAAGAACAAAGCCGAUAUGGACAAGCACAAGUCCUACCACAUCAAAGACGAGCAACUUUCUAGGGACGGAUUUAAAAAAUUCAUGAAAUCUGAAGCUUGUCCAUAUGAGCAGUGCAGGUUUUCUCGAGUUUGUAAUCAUAUCCACUGCAUCAGGCCUCACUGCAGCUACGUGCUUCAUUCUUCUGGUCAGUUGUUCUCCCACAAACGCAAGCACGAGCGGCAUGACUCGGAACUGGCUUACAGAAAGUACAAGCAAGUUGGUCCCAGUGGAAGACCAAUGAAUUGGGAGGAAUUAGCAGGCUCCAGUGUGUUGAGCAUGAACGGCGAGAGUUCCAACGAAGAGCGAGCUUCUCCUAGCUUCUAUUCCCUGGAAGACUCCUUCCAAAGCGCGAGUGACCUGGCGAUGGAUCUAACAGCGACCAACAUGAGCACGUUAGCCAGUUCCACCUCGAUGGAGCAGCCUAGCUCGCCGGGAGCUUCAACAGGAACUGGUCUGACGGCUUCAGAGCUUACUUACCUAGCUCCAGCUUCAGCAGAGUGUCCUUGCAAUCACCGGAGUGAUCACUUCCACUGUGCGUUGGACGGAUGUGGUGCUACGCUUCGAGACCCCAGAGAAGUUAGGGAGCAUCUGAGGGAGCACGAGACCCAGGAGCGGAUUACUGAUGCGUACUUCGACGAAGGAACCUGCGAAGACUGCCCUUAUGCUGAUAAGGAGAAGCACUAUCACUGCAACUGGGAUAAUUGUAAGGAAGUCAUCCUGGCGACUGACAAACCCUUCAGGAGGUUGCAGCACUACAAGAUCCAUGAGUACACGAGGCAGCUGAAUUUGAAUAGUUCCACCCAGAUCCUUUCCUCUGAUGUGACGCUGACACAUUUGACUAACAUUGAUGCGAUGUUCAGGAGGAAGCGUGGUAGGCCGCCCAAGAAUCGGGUUAUAGAAAUCUGGUCUGGAGGCGGAGACUCAUCAAGUCACACUCAAGAUUCGCCUCAGGCGAUCUUUACGAGCUUCAAGCUUCCUAAGCCAACUCCUGGUCCUAGUCCUAGUCCCAUAGCACUCAGCCUUGGUCCCAGUCCAGUCCAAUCCUUGGUUCAAGAUGAUGAAGACAGUGAAGACAGCACCGAACCCGAGGGAUUUGCUACCUAUAAUCCUGACUCCUGUCCUGAUCCAAGUUGUGUGAUUCGUGGAACGAGACACCAUCACUGCUCCCAAGCCAGGUGCUUCUUUGCCACAGAUCGGGCUGAUCAGUUGCUGAUGCACAGCAAGGAUUUCCAUGAUAACGUUGAUAUUCUUCCCGGAUUCGCUUUCUAUGACAAAAUGGUUGAUUGUAGACUUCCUAGCUGUCACAGCAAUCGCGUUCAUCGGCAUUAUCAUUGCACUAGGAUGAAUUGCGCGUAUUCAUUUGUGAGGUAUUCAACUAUGGCGCAGCAUGAAAAGCAACACAUGGGCAUUAUCCAGGAACCAAUGGAAGUUCCAGAGUCUCAAGGUCAGAGUCAGAGUCAGAUGCUUGGGCAGAUUUGCCAGAUACCAGAGAAGCCCAGGAUCCAGGUGAAGAAUCCAUCAGAGCUGAUUGACAAGCCAGAAAUCUGUCAGGAUGAUUCAAGGUCCAUUAUUGAUGACAAAGACGACGCUAGUCCUGACACUAACAAAACAACUGAGCCUCCAGUUCCAUCAACCAGUUCUUCACCACACACCCUCUACGGACCAGACCAGAGUUGCAGCCGGCCGUUCUGCAAACUAAAGCGGAAAAACCACUACCACUGCAACGCUUGCAACCAAGCCUUCUCCGAACUGGACCGCCUGGUGGCGCACAUCGCUAAGCACUCUACCGGGGCGAUCCUGAGCCAACAACAGCACCCCGAGCUUCCGAACCUUCCGAACCCUCCGAACAUCCCCACGGACUACCUAACCCAGCUAUCCCAGCACAAACCGGAUUUCAUGACCCAGAACGUCCAAAUGCAGAACAUGCAGUACCAGAACAUCCGCCAGAUGUCCCAGCCCCAGCACCAACAAUCCCCCAUUAAAGAGAUCAAGCUAGAAAGCCCCAGACCCGAACCUCCCAGCCAAAUCAAACGCGAACCGACGGAAUCCCGCGAAGAACCCCAACCGGACAACCCCAAUGAGAACAACGGACACAUCCAGGUUCCUACCAGCAUGGCCCAACCAGUUCCAGGUGGGUUCGAAUUAGAUCUAAGCCACGGGUUCCACUUCCCCAGUCCCGCAGUGAUGGCCGCGAUGAACCAGCAGCUAGCUUUGAUGAACCAAGCGCUCCCGCCGUUUUUACAACAUGGCGGGAUGUACGCCAGUGCGCCUAGCUUGAUGUUCGCUCCAGCUAUACCACCUGGGAACUUCCUCCCGGGGAGGGACGACAACCCUCUAGCAUCCCUAGCGGCGAAUUUGAACCUAUCUAAGCGGUCCCUCUCUCCAUCAGACGCCAAUUCGAUGGAAGCUAAAAAGCAGCGGCUGCAUCACUCCAUGCGGAUGCUCAAGGACGAACCUGUUCCUGAUGGGUACGUUCGCUUUAGGUUCAAUGAAGACUGCAGGUACCCCCACUGCGGCUACCGCGAACACCAAACCCACUUCCACUGCAUGCGGCAAGAUUGUGGGUACUCCUUCUGCGACAAAACUAGGUUUGUUCAACACACUGCUAGGCACGAACGCUUGGACACCUUGAUGGGUAGCGAGUUCCAGCAGUACAGAGCUAAUGUUCCGUGUGGCAGAGCCAAUUGCGCUUACACUUCUUCUUUAGGUUCCAUGCAGAACAAGGCUUCACACUUCCAUUGCUUGAAGUGUGACUUUGUUUGCACUGAUACUAACAAAGUUGUCGCUCACAGGCGGCAGCACGCUAAGUUAGACAGCAUUGCUGCAGCUGGCUUCCAGAAAUUCACACCCAGUUUGCCCUGUGGCGCUGUUCAGUGCCAACAUUCUGGCAAACAAACGCAUUAUCAUUGUCUUCAGUGUCAAUACGCGGUUCUAGGACUCGCCCAAAUGUCCGCUCACAAGUACCGACACAUCGACGGCUAG